AUGGGCGACAAGGUUGAAUCCUCCCUUGCCAAGCAACAAAACCCGCUCCAUCCGGUUUACACCGUUACCGACAUCCAGAAAAAGAUCCGCGUACUGGAUGGAUCCAAAGUCACGUAUUCUGCGUGGGUCAAGCUUUUUCAGCUUCAUGCACGCGGAUACGAGGUACUGGACCACAUCACUUCUGAACCACCACCGGAGACUGAUCCCACCUACGAUCAGUGGAAGAAAAUUGAUGCUAUUGUCCUUCAAUGGAUUUAUAGCACGUUAUCUGAUGAAUACCUGUUGCGGGUUCUCGAAUCCGACUCUACAGCCCUUCAAGCCUGGAACCGGGUCAAAGCCAUCUUCCAUAAUAACAAAGGCCCACGAUGUGCAGCCCUACAAACCAAAUUUGUUAACCUCAAACUCAGUGCUUGUGCUUCUUUGGAGGCAUAUUGUCAGACCCUUCGUGACUUAGCUGCCCAGUUGGAUGAUGUCGGCAGCCCUGUCAAUGAGCAGUCGCUUCGUUCAGUAUCCGGGUCGUGCCGGAUUAAAGUUUAA